AGCUUUUUCAAACCAAGGUAAUCAAAGUUAUCUCUGCUCCAGUAUGUAAAGCGAGAUGACUGGAAUAAAUCCCAGUCUCUGUGGAAGUCCGGUGCACUUACAGUCAGCUAAGCCUCAGCCAUGAUGAUGACGACGAUGGCCGCCCUGCUCUCUGCAGCCCUGCUGCUGCUGCUUCCUGGGGCUCGGACUCAAACGAGCGAACCAGUUCCCAUUGAUGUGUUGGUGGAGAACAGCUUGCUUGGCACCGCUCCUGUGACGUUCAGCACUCAUGUGGUUUACAGAGGGAUCCUGCUGGGUGCACUGAAGAGACUCAUGGACUCCAAUGCAAACUUUAAGUUCACCUACACAGAGGAUCCAAACUAUGGCCCGUACCUGGAGAGUGUGAACGGAGUGGCUGGAAAUGACGAAGACCAUACGUACUGGGAGCUGCUGGUCAAGACUUCAGAUGGCAAAAUCAUAAGACCUGAUGUUGGUAUCGGAUGCUACAUUCCCAGUGCAAACGAGCAAAUCAUCCUGAAGUUCACAAAGUGGUGAAGAUUCAGCAGCCACAGCACAUCAACAUGAGAUCAGAGCCG